AUUAGGGAUACACUAGCAAUGCUAACCAGCUGUGUGGCUAGCCGGGUUCCUGUCGACAGUUAUUCACCUUGCUUCCUCACAAGUUAACUUUCACUGUAAUUUACCUAACUGCUACAUAGCCGCAUGACAGCAACUUUGCUGUCUAUGUGUUACGGUUUUGUGAAAUAUUCAUGCUGCUGAGGUGCUAAAAUGAGAGAAGGAGUGUGUGUCCAGUGACUCAGCUCUUGUGUCGCCAUGGAGAAACCCUGGAGGCUGUGGGCGGCAGUGGAGCGUUGUACCCUGACUCUGGCCUCCUGGUCCUGGGGUGCUUGUCGAGUCUCACUCUUGGCUCUCAUCCUCACCUUCCACCUCUAUGGAGGCUUCUUUCUCCUAGCUCUUAUCCUAGCGUCUGUGACUGGCAUCCUCUACAAGUUUCAGGAUGUGCUCCUCUACUUCCCUGACCAGCCCUCCUCCUCGCGACUUUACGUUCCCAUGCCAACAGGAAUCCCUCAUGAGAAUGUGUACAUUCGCACCAAAGACGGUGUGAAGCUUAAUCUCAUCCUGCUUCGCUACACAGGAGGCGACACACCUCCUGGGGCUACCUCUGGCAAUCAAAGCAGCCCAACUUCCUCUGCUCCACCAACCAUCCUCUAUUUCCACGGUAACGCAGGUAAUAUUGGACACAGGGUUCCAAACGCCCUGCUCAUGCUGGUCAAUCUGAAAGCUAAUGUGGUGCUGGUGGACUACCGUGGAUAUGGAAAGAGUGAGGGGGAGCCCUAUGAGGAUGGGCUGUACCUGGAUGCAGAGGCCACGCUGGACUAUGUCAUGACCCGUCCCGAUCUGGAUAAGACAAAGGUGGUUCUGUUCGGCCGCUCACUGGGGGGUGCUGUGGCUGUGCGCCUGGCGUCAGUCAACCCUCACCGCGUAGCAGCCAUUGUUGUUGAAAACACCUUCCUCAGCAUCCCCCACAUGGCAGCGACGCUCUUCUCCUUCAUACCCAUGCGCCUGCUGCCCCUGUGGUGCUAUAGGAAUCAGUUCCUAUCCUAUCGACAGAUGGCGCUGUGCCGCAUGCCUUCGCUGUUCGUGUCCGGCCUGUCAGACCAGCUCAUCCCACCAGUCAUGAUGAAGCAACUGUAUGAAAUGUCCCCUGCGCGGACUAAACGCCUGGCUAUCUUUCCAGAGGGCACACACAACGACACGUGGCAGUGUCAAGGCUACUUCGCUGCUUUGGAGCAGUUCAUUAAAGACCUGAUGAAGAGCCACGCCCACGAGGAGAGUGCUCAGCCCUCAUCUAGUGUAACCAUCAUCUGAAAUGACAGUCAGGGAUGACUGUUGACUCCAGAUUAUAAAAUGGAGGAAGUGACGGCUGUCACAGUAAUUGUUUGGAUGUACUUAUUCAAUUUUUUUGAAAAGAAUGUACCUUUUUAUGCUUGUGUGGGUUUCUAUAUAUUUCACUCUUCUAUUCUACCUUUUCACUUUAUGUAAAUAUAACUUUUGUUUAAAUCAUUUGACUAUUUCAAGGUUUUAAGAGAGGGUAACAAUGCCCUCAUGGUUCUUUUGUGUUGCAGCUAUGAAUGCAUGUAUUUAUGACCUUAAAUGAAUGAAGCCAGAUCAUACAUGCCCGUACUGCAAGACAUGUCACUACCACAGCAAUCUGUAAUGGGUCUACUGAAAUUAAACUGAUUACUACUGGAAAUAAAAUUAACCUCAUAUCAAAUAAAAAACACUGAUAUGUAGGCCUAUACUGUAUAUAUAUUCGUUAAUAUUACAUUUUUUUUAAAUUUCAGAUUUACCCGAGUUUGGAGUUAUGUCGGCUAACAUCUUCUGAGCAAUACUUGGAAAUCUUGUCUGGCACAAUUGCGUAAAGAACUUGUGCUGUUGAAUAAUUAUAUUCAGCCAUCAAAAUAUUUGAGGUGGCUCUGACAUAUUACUUCUGACUAUUUAAAAUAACUUAUUGAGAUAUAAUUUCCUGUCUAAGUGCUUCUGUUUGGCGCGGUUUGGCUAAGCCUACAAGAUAUUUACCCUGAUCCUCUAUCCUGUUAAAACAGAAUAAGGUACAUUUUCCUCAUUGCCCAAAAUGCUUUUUGAAGCCCACCUACUGGCUACUGUAGUUUGGUAAAGAGCAAUUGCUCUGUUUGUGGUUUAUUAUUUAAAGGAUAGGUGAAGUUUUCUACAAGUUUAUUAGUACCCUACAACACAUCAAUAUCUACAAUGAAACGUUGCCUGUGUAAGCCUCCUUCCCUAACUGACGGGAUGCACUUAAGUAAAUCCAAGAUAGUUCAAGAAAAGAUGGUGGACAAAAUAAAUAUUCUUUUUUCAUGCAAAUAAAAAUAAAAUAUAAGGCUUCUGCAGUCUGUGCAAGAUACAUUAAGUGAAUAUUUUUUUCAAGAUGGUGUAGUGAAAAAAAAUGGUUUCCCUGCUCCUCAACCCAAACUAAAAUGUUCCAAAAGAGAUUUAGUGUAGAAAAUGACAUUCAUUUCGUCAAACUCAGGGCGAAGCCUCAUAUUACAAGUGCAGGAUUUGUCCCUUGUUUCUUACAGUCUAAGCACACUAGGAAGGGAUUCUUAAUGGCCAGUAUAGACAGAAGGAUCGAUUACAGCGACCAAUUACUCCGUCAAAUACAUGGCAUGUGAGUAUUGUAUAGAAUAGUCUUGAAAUGAUCUGAGCCUAUCCUUUAAGAACUCAAAAUAAAGUGUGAGCAUUUUAAAGGAA